ACAGACAUGAGAUGAUGUCGGGAAUUACUAGCGGCGUGGUGUCGCAGUCCAUGCAGGGCCGGCGGGGGCGACCUAUGAUGCCGGUUCCUGUCGGAAGGGGCUAUCCAGACUUUUUACCAUUCGUGGAAACAUCAAGGGAUAACCAAAAUGAGAUUGUUUCUCGUGACAACAGGCGGGGCUACUACGCGCAACCUCCAAACGCACGAGAAAAUGUUGCCCAGAAAAUGAAUCCUGGGAAUAACAUUCUAGAGGGCAAUGCCAACAUGGACAUGGAGCUGAAUAUGAAUGAGCUGUCCAUGGAAACUCAGCUGUUGAUGAGCGAAGCCAAGACAGUGGAAGAGUUCGCCCGCAUCAUGGGAAUUGAAAUGCCUCGUCUCAACGUCACCGUGGCCUCAUACCCCGGCAUUGUAGAGAGAUCCGGGGGUUCUAGCGAUGAUGGUGAGCAUCAUGAUAUCCUGCCACAUGACUGGUAUGACUGCAUGACUGCGUGA